UUGGCUAUCCUGAUUGAAGAUUAUCAUAACCUCUUUUCAACUUCGUCGUCACGCAUAAAAUUGUUAAGGUUUAAUUAUAAAAGGAUAAGUGAAAAGAUUUCAUUACUGAAUGACGACAACUGAUCCAUGCAAAGUAUUUGCAUGUAAAUUGCAAAAGUGUUUAAGAGAAAACGUAUAUCAGCCUUCUCGUUGCGAAGAUGUAUUAGAAGAUAUAAGACAAUGUUGUAUAAAGCAUGGUCCACAUUCUAUCGUUUGUGAUGGAAUAGAUACAUCCAAACCGUAUGAGCAUAAUACCAUUGAUUAUAGGAAAGUAAUUAGAUAGAUGAUGAAGCGCAAAGUAAAUUUUAUACACAGAUAUCCAUUAUUUUUUGUUAGUACAGUAACAAUACUAUCGUUGUCUAUUAUAUAUGGUAAAUUUGUUUACAAUAUGUUUAGGAGUGCAACACAAGAGGAAAUUGUUGCAUAUGAAUUA